AUGGCAUCACCUUCGCAGCAACUCCCGCCCGGAUGGGCAGCUGAAUGGGAUCAGACCAACCAGCGGUAUCUCUUUAUAGAAACCGCGACUGGUCGUUCACAGUGGGAGGUUCCUAUGGCACCUGCAGACAUGGGUAACCCCGCAUCGCCUUCCGUCUCGCCUCCUCCAGCCAAUGCACCCCACUCUAAACGUCGUCAAUACGCUGCUGGUCAGACCCAAGCUUACUAUGGUGCGACUGAUGGUUUAGCAGCUGCUGGGCCCGCAUAUGGUGCUGCCGCUCAACAACCUCAGCCUGCACAGCUUUUCACUCCCGGACUGGCCGCGGAGAAUCAGUUCCAGCAGCAGCAGAUGCAGGCACAACAAGCAGGAUACUACGGAGGGCCCGCUCCCCAAGCCGAGCCGGAGUACAUCAACGCACCUGGAUUCGGUCAAGCUCAAGCGGGCCCAGUGAACGCGCUUGCUGAUCAGUUCGGGCAGAUGAACGUUGGCGGCCCGAAACGACUCACGCUCUACACGACUAAUCUGCUCACUUCGCCGCCGGACCCACGAGAGCUGCAUCGGCCUCCUCCGGACAUUAUCCUGCCCCAAGGCGCGAGUCUCUCGCCGUCGCCCACUGCCAACGCAGACCCGUCCUACCAGCGGUGUACGCUGAAUGCUGUUCCUGUGUCGAAUUCCCUUCUCAACAAGACCAAGAUUCCCCUUGCGCUCAUCCUGACUCCUUAUCGUACCCUCAAGGAGGGUGAUGAUCCCGUCCCGCUUGUCACGGAUACGGUCAUUGCGCGCUGCAGGCGUUGCAGAACGUACAUCAACCCGUACGUUCAGUUCAUUGACGGAGGCAACCGCUGGCGGUGUUGCAUGUGUAACAUGUCGAAUGAAGUACCUCAAUUAUUUGACUGGGACCAGGUCCGGAACCAGCCUGGGGACAGAUGGUCUCGUGCUGAGCUGAAUCAUUCCGUCGUUGAAUUUGUCGCCCCUACGGAGUAUAUGGUUCGGCCUCCGCAGCCGGCGGUGUAUGUUUUCCUCAUCGACGUCAGCCACACUGCCAUCCAAUCUGGCAUGGUGGCUACUGCAACGCGUACGAUCCUCGAGAAUUUGGACCGCAUUCCCAACGAAGAUUCGCGGACGAAGGUGGCCAUCGUUGCAUUUGAUGUCUCACUGUACUUCUUCUCGAUGCCUUCUGGUACAACCGAGUCGUCUAUGCUUGUUGUGUCCGACAUCGACGACGUGUUCUUGCCCAAACCCACAGAUCUGCUCGUAAAUUUGGCAGAGGCUCGUGCAUCGCUGGAGGCACUUCUCGGCCGGCUGGGUGACAUGUUCCAGGAAAAUCACACCAUCGGAAGUGCCCUAGGACCUGCUUUACAGGCUGGAUUUAAGUUGAUGGCGCCUAUCGGGGGCAAGGUCAUCGUGCUGUCUUCAAGUCUACCCUCACUGGGAGCUGGGGCACUCAAAAACAGAGAGGACCCGAAGAUUCUUGGUACGUCGAAGGAAUCCGGUCUCCUGCAAGCUGCGUCGCCGUUCUACAAGACAUUCGCGAUAGAAUGCUCGAGAGCACAGGUGUCUGUGGAUAUGUUCCUCUUUAGCGCUUCAUACCAGGAUGUUGCGACUCUUGCUUGCCUUCCACACUACACGUCCGGGCAGACCUAUUUCUACCCCGCAUUCAAUGCCUCUCGUACGGAGGAUGCCAUUAAGUUUGCACACGAAUUUGGCGAGGUAUUAGCAAUGCCGAUUAUGUUGGAGGCCGUCAUGCGCGUCCGGGCAUCAAAAAACCUCCGCAUGUCGUCGUUCCACGGCAAUUUCUUUGUGCGCUCUACAGAUCUCCUUGCCAUGCCUGCGGUACCUCAAGACCAGUCGUACGCUAUCGAGGUACAAAUUGAAGAUACUAUCACAGCACCCUUCGUUGUCUUCCAGACUGCUGUGCUUCACACUACGUGCUACGGCGAGCGACGAAUCCGUGUCGUCACUCAGGCACUGCCGACCACGAACAACCUGUCCGAAAUCUUCGCAUCGGCGGACCAGAUCGCGAUUGCCACGUUAUUGGCGAACAAGGCCGUUGAGCGCUCCAUCACCCACAAGUUGGAGGAUGCCCGCGAUGCAUUGUUCAACAAGAUGGUGGAGAUUCUCCAGGCGUACAAGGCGAGCAUGACAGCAGCAGGCGCAGGUGCUAGUGCACAGCUUGCAAUCUCUGAGAAUCUCAAGCUGCUGCCUGUCCUUGUUCUGGGAUUAAUUAAGAACGUUGGCGUUCGACAGAGCGCGCAGAUCCCUCCUGAUCUCCGGGCAUAUGCUCAGGCGCUCCUUACGUCGCUUCCCUCACAAGUGCUCGUUCCGUAUAUUCAUCCGACAUUCUACUCGCUACAUAAUAUGUCCCCCGAAUGCGGCACUGUUGGAGAGCACGGCGUCAUAAUGCCUCCUCCCCUUCCCCUCACUUCUGAGAGGCUGGAAAGGCAUGGUCUGUUCCUCAUUGAGGAUGGGCAAACGAUCUUCCUCUGGGUUGGACGUGAUGCCGUACCUCAGCUUGUCAUGGACGUUUUCAACCUGCCUAAUUACGAAGUUUUGCGUGGAGGGAAGACGACAUUGCCGCUCCUGGACAACCCUUUCUCGCAACGGGUGAAUGCUGUUGUGCAAAAGACGCGUGAGAUGCGUCGCGGCGUAUACUACCCACAUCUUUACGUCGUUAAGGAGGAUGGAGAACCGCCACUGCGACUGUGGGCUCUGAGCUGCCUCAUUCAAGACCGUGCGGAUGUGCUGCCAAGUUACCAGCAAUUCAUUUCUCAGCUGAGGGAUAAGGCUAAUGGGUCGAGCUAUUAA